AUGUCUAUAUCCUCAUUCGACGCUUUCCUCCCCAAAUUGCACGACAGUGGGGCGCAGAGAGAUAUAUUUGAGCGCUUCCUAUCGAUGCCCAUCACCGUCUCUGAUCAUGAAUUAGCUCAAAUCUUCCUGAUCAAGAGAUCUUGCGACUCAGAUGAAGUGCAGAAAGGGUCGAUGUGUUACUACCGAUCAUGGUCUCUCACUAAAGAACAGCUUCAAAACAUCAUCAAGGACCUACAACGAGAUGGAUGUGAUUUCCCACAACUUGAAAGCUGGACGUUCCAGCUCAGAGGGAUGGACAAUCACCAAAGAGUCUGGGUUCGGUACGUUGGGCAGACCACCUCCGUUACUCCCUUCCAACGAUGCGCCAAAUCAACAAAAGGUCCCAAGGCCCGAGGUACUUUGUUGAAUGAGUUUAAGCGACGAUAUGAGGUCCUUGACCUAGAGGCCUCCCGGAGAAUCCGAGUUUUUGCCCUCUUUGACACCGCCACCGGCUGGCUAUUCGAGACAUACAGCUCAAAUCGUUUAACGAGAAGCAGUCGAAGAAUUACAGACUCUUUUGAACGCUUCCUGAUCGCACAGUUCGGAUCUUUGUCAUUGCUCAAUCAGCAAGCUGGAGGCCGCGGACCAUCUUGUAUCCCAAGCACAAGAGACACCGACAUGUUGAGCACUAUCGACACCACUGUGAUGCGUACGCUCGCACAGUCAGUGUUUCAGUAUAUGGAUUUACAGGUUAAGCUCCGGCUAUCCGCAAUUACCGAGACUAUCUACGACGCAAUACGUAAGAGAUUCCCGAUUGACGAGACGACACAGGAAAACAUUCGGUACAUUGGAUCACAUCAUCUUAAGCAAGCUGUUUGCGAAACUCUCCAUGGUCACUGCAUAGUCGCAGUCAUAGGGGAAGCCGUCACAGAGCAGUCUAUUCGAGAGGACACAGGGUUUUUUGAUGGAAACUCAGCAACUCGUGACUUGAUCAUCGGGUAUCUUCAAGAAUGUCUUACUUGCGAGUCAAACCUUUCUCUGUCGAGCAACUUGGAUGAUCUGAUGCGUUUGGUAUCCUUCACCAAUGUCCUGUAUUGGCCCAGUCAAACAUCGCACAAGAUUGAUCUAGAUGUGAAGAACAUUCUACAAACCUACUUAGCCACGGUUGCGCCGCUGUUGACAAUUACGCUUAGUGAGCGAACAUUAUCACAUACCCUCACUCGAGCUACUCGGGAUCUUCUGGACAAGAUUGGCAUUGCCCGAAUUGAGUUUGUCGGCAAUGAUACAGAAAGUUCACAUACCAUUAUACUACCACAAUAUCAUCCCGGCUACGAUGCACACACAGGUCAACUUACAAGACUCCGUCGCCUAUACUUCCUCUGCUGGAUACAAGUCUGGGUCUACAUUGAUACCACCUUGAAAGUUCUUACCUCUGAGCUAGACCCGACGAAAGGUCGACACACUCUCUGUCAAGAUAUAAUGGCAAGUGCUGAAACGAGACUCGAAGCUGCGGGGUUCAAAAACGCUUUGCGCAAUGCUAAGGAAGAAUUCGCGGAGCAAAAGAAACAAAGCCUCGAAGCUAGAGCACAAGUGAAGCGCUCAUUUUCCAAAACAGAAUCGACAGAUGCUAUGUCGGUGGCACUUAUUGCUGAGAAAAGUGCGCACCUCAGUCGACUGGACCGGUUCCCCAAGACAUGGGGAGAACCACUCAGUCAACAACGUCGGUUAUGGGCACACAACCAAUGGAUCGCAAACAAGAAUGAACCACUACAAGAUGCCUUGAGGAAGUUCACUAAGUCAGAGUGGACUACAUACGCCGCAAUUCUACCGACUGGGUACAAUCUUGCCGUUUGUUUUGAUGCAUCAGAGGAUGUUGCCAAUCUCCCUCAGGCCAUCCACGGUCUCUUUCUGGAGAAGGCUGCGGCAAAGAAUAUUGACAUGGCGCUAUUGGCGACUGAAUCAAGACGCGAAAUCCUCCAAAGUAUUGCGGAGGAUAUGGUACAAGGCAGAGAGCGUUUUAGAAAGAUCAAAAGGCGAAAAACUCAAGUCUACAGCAUCAACACGCUACACAAAAUUGACCUCGGUACCUGGACUGGCAGGUCAAUUUUCAAAUGCGAAGGGAUUGAUGGAUCCGUGCGGAAGAUCAGCUGUUCCAAUAACCGCAGCUUAUUUCGACGUAAAUCGCAAUUCUGCAGACGUAUGCUUGAGUUUCACCACGAUGGAAUAAGUAUCAAGAACGAGCAUGGCCAAGUGCUCUACUCUGAAGAUAGCGAUAAAGUUGGCGUCAGCAUUCCCAUCGACCGACUCGAUGAUUUCGCCGAGAACAUUAAGUGGCUAUGGGAGCAAGCGAUGGCUGAUCGGGCCCAAAUCCAUCAUCCAACGAUGUCAUCCUAACAGAGGGUUGAGCAGGCG